AUGUUUCAUCGUACAGCUGUCAAUCAAGUCAAAUUGAGGAAUCUGGGAAAAUCUAAAGAGACUGCUACUCGUCGUUUGAUUGAUGGAAACCUGUCAUACCAUCUCAUCACGGAGGCUGCAGUAAAGAAUGGCAAGGGUCAUCCUUUCCGCGUGACUAAAAAUGCUAAAUUGAGGCACGAGGAAUUGGAGACCCUGCUGAUUCAAAUCGAGGCUGUUUUGAAUUCACAUCUUCUCACACCGGUAUCAUCUGGGCAUUUCUUGAUAGGCGGUCCGUUAACGUCCUCUUCUGAGCUAUCAUUAAAAGAUAAAGCUACAAAUUGGCUCUCGCGAUGGCAGCAUGUCGAGUAG